AUGGCAGAGCAGAGCGGCCGCGAUGUGGUAGAUCAGACCCAGUCGGGAGGCGAGCCUUCGCCUUCCGGCGUUCCUGCGAGCAAUAACGACAUACUAUCUGCUGGAGGGGACGUGGGGGAGAUUCAACAUAUCGCAUCGACUUUGGCAACACAAGUCCCAAAGGAUCCACAACUCAACGACCGGACGGGACACACGCUUGGUUCUCAGGCUGAGGAUACGGGAGAUAAGCAUGCCGGAGGUUCUGUGAUGGUGGGUGCAUACGGGUUAGAGCGGGAUGUGAACAUGGAACUGAACAUGGCGCAGGAUGUUUCAAAGCAAGGCACCGGCCUGGUUGCUUCCCGGGCGCUUGAAUUAAAUGGACUAGCAUCAGCAUCCGAUGGCGGGGAUGACACAGCUUCACUGGGUGGUUCGGAGUCAGAUGCCAGUCGGACCGAUGGGAGACAUCAUAACCGGACUGGUUCUGUCAAGAAGCCUUCUACAUUCAAACCUGUGUCAUUUGCUAAGUUUGCGGUUCCCAAAGCCCCCGGCGCUACUGCAGCACCAAAGGCUCCCGAGAAAGUUCCAUCAACCUCCACUACUCCUCUUGGUACCCCUCAGCCUAGUUCUAGGCCGCGCUUGGUUGCGAAGACCACCGCUGGCAUGCGCGACUCUUUUUCAAAGGUCGGCGCCGCUGGUGGAAAACCUGGCGCGUCAGGGCCUGAUCCCAACCAAGUGUGGAACAAGAAUCGACCUGUCCAACCCCCUCCGCCGAAGCAUUUGACUGACGAAGAGUUGAAACAACAAUAUGGAAUCCAUAUGACAUCUCGAAUUCAAGAAGAUGGAGGCGGCACAGAGGCAAAGUGGGCCGAUAUUGAUGAUGACGAGGACGACUGGGCUCCGGAGACUAUCGAGUGGACCGACGGAACGAAAGUUACCCUCACGCAUACCGAACAUCCCCCGCCGCCCGCAGACCAGGCUUUGGAAGAGUCAAAGGAUGUAGCACCGCUUCCUGAGCAAACCGUUGCCAGGGGCCCCAUCAAGAUCGCUGCUCCGAAGCCGACAACGUCCGUGGGACCUAAUCCUACAGUCCUCAGGCUCGGGGCGAACGCUGAGCGACAGGCCAAGGCCGCGAGUAUCUCGUCGAAAGGAACAAAUGAUCGAGCACCAUCCGGGUCUACGAGUCCGGCUCCCCCACCAGCUAAAUCACCUUGGGCACCCUUGCCUCCUGUCGAACGAGUAUCCCCCGUCAACCAACCUGUUCACGUAUCUCAACAACUCCGCGGUGCCGGCCUUGUUAGCCACCUGCCGCCACGAGAUGACGUUCGCCAGGGUCCUUUCCCACCUCAAGAGAUUGCUGCGGAUGACUUUAACCGGGCAUGGAGAGAGACUGCACCUGGGGCACCUCGGGAGCUAUACAACUCUCGGUCUGGCCGUUACGAACCAGUGCAAGACAACCGAAGAGGAUCUUGGAGACAUGAUCAAGGCCCUCGUCCUCCUGCUGUUCUGCAACGACCCAAUGCUGCAGAGUCCGGUGGUCCAGCGGAGCCAUCUGCUGCAUUCCAGACCCAUCGAUCAACUCACCAAGAUGGUAUGGGAUGGAAUCGACGCCGCACAUCAUCAAAUGUCAGCGGAGGAAGUGGAGGAUUUGGUCGCCGAAUGUCUUUUGGCCGAACGGAUGCACCGCCAAAGUACAUGGAUGGUCGACGGGGAUCCCAAUCCAAUGGUAUGGUUGAUCCAGCAUUGAUGGGCCGUGAACAUGGACCCUCCAAUGAUCCCGCUCUAUCACAGCAGCACGCCGCACCUGGAUGGGCUGGACAAGUACCUCGGAGUGCCAGUACUGCUUCGUCAGUAGAGCAACAGCAGGCUGUCCCAGCUCCUGUGCCUGAACCUCCACAAGAGGAUCCCCUCAUUUUGCAGGAACGUAUCAUGAAGGACGCUCGUGCUCAAGCUCGACAGCGGCGAUUGGAACAGGAGGAAAAGGACAGGAUUGAAAGGGAGGAAAGAAUCAAGAAGAAGCUUGCAGCUUUAGGCCCGCCGCCUGAGAAGCCCCAGCCGCAACGAAAGGAAAGCACUGAGAUUCGUAAACAACCUCAGACUCCUGCCCCACCGGCCCCUGCCACCCUUCAUUCACCCCCUAAACCUCCUGUUCCUGAACCGACUGGCGAGCCGAAGCAGUAUGGUAUGAUGAAAGUUCACCAUCCAGAUGCAGUCAAGAAACUUGUUGCAGCGAACGAGCGAGAUCGUGCCGCCGAGAAACAUCCUGACAAACCUUCCUCACCUUCUCACCCGCGUCGCGUUCCUCCCUCACCUCGUGAGCAGAAGCGAGAGCUCGCGUCAGCUGCCAGCACUGGCAAACAAACACAGACGGAGACGAGCCCCACUGAUACAAAGGCUGAUGAUGAGCAUGGGACUCAGUGGCGUGGCAACCUGAACGUUCCUAGCUCAUACGCUCCUCCUUGGACAACCAAUACCAACCUGGCCACCAACACCCCUUCAGUGAAGAAUCCUUGGAAGCUUCUGAGCAACGAUCGAAUCCUCGGCAACGGAAUCUUCGAUCAGAGUCUUGGUGGCUUCUCAUCUCGGGAAGUUCCUCUUCGCAGCCAGCUUGGGUUGGAUCAAACAUCGGUGCCACCCCCAACCUUUUCAAGUCCGCAGGAAUCAGCUUCUAUCUCCCCUCUCCCCUCACCUGAGACCAGACCUGCACCCUUCGACCCCAUGGGUCCCAUCAGUCGCCCAGGCCCGAUUGGGCCACCUUCCUCGCAGCAAAACCAGUGGCAGCAAGAUGCUGGUCCUGCCGGGGGGCUGACCUGGAAUAACUUCCACAUUUAUGCCCGCGAGGCCGAGCGUGCCCAGUUGGAGAAAGCCCGCAAAGACUACGAGGCGAAUAAAGGCAAGCCCAACCCGAUCGCUGCCUCUCUGAAGACAACCUACAAAAUUCGGGGAGCCUCGGGUGAGACUAUUCGCAAAACAGUCAUCGGGGUCACCCCAGGACCUGUGAACAAUACCAACAAUAACGGUCCUCCCUCUAACCCACUGACCGGACUGGAUGCUCCUUCGGAUGGUCUCCCAUUCACUGAUAGCCAUGCUCGCCCCAUCGCGAGCGUUCCCACUCGAAGCUCACGGUUCUUCCCGCAAGCUAGUGAGGGUUCCAAGCGCCCAGCAACCGAGAAGUACGACCACCAGCGCAGCCCAUCGCCCCCUCCCCCAGAGGAGGUUUCAACCCAUCCCGUGUACUUUGGUGGCUCUGGCCGGCCUUUGGUCCACCUUCCUACCCCCAAGCCUGUCGUCAAGCUCCCGCCUAAGGCUCUAGCUGCCCCGGCUGCCCCAGCUGCCCCGCCCACCUUUGCCUCGAUGGCAGCUGCUCCUCCACGGGGUCCGCCCGCUCCUGCGUCAAAUGCCAUUUCCUGGCAGGAGAAGUUUAACGGUCUCUUCGGGAAGAAGACGCCGGUCGAGAAGAAGUCUGCUUUGGCUAUCACAUCUGCAACCAAGGAGCCCCUGGAUGUCCAGCUAUCCGUUGCAGCUGUUUCGGUCUCGCUACCCAACGUUGAGAAUGAUGUGCAAAUUGGGGAUGGCCACCUUGCUGUCCGACAAGUUGAAGAACAGGAUGAGAUCUUUGAAGAUCGUGAGCCAGGCUCUCUGCCUAGUGUGCGGGUUCCUAACAUGGCUCCGGCAAAUGCAUGGCAGGCCGCUCCUGCGCCUCCACCGUCGCGUCUGCGCGCUAAGAUUCUCAAGCCGAUGCAAAUUCACAGCAUCGAGCCUUAUUUGGUUGGACUGGGUGAGAAGGAUGCAGCUGGCAACAUUCGCGUUGUGAUUCGGUUUCCCGGUGCAGCUGCGGCCAAAACCUUGAGUCUGCCGAAGAAAGCUGGAGGUCCUAGCCCCCGACAGCAGCGCAACAAUCCUCCGAACUUCAAGUCUCGCAAAGGGGCAAAGCCACGCGAAGGCGCUGCAGGAAAUUCGGGGCCCAAGAAAUCCUCCAACACCUCCCAGCAGCAGCCAAGCAGUACCGCAUCUUCUCGGACUGCAUCGUGGGGUCCCCGCACGCUCAGUGGCUCCCGCUCAUAG